AUGCUUAGACAACUUCGACAUAUAUCGGAGGGGCAUUACUAUGGCCUUCGAGUGACAAACAAAGCCGAGGUAGAACAUCUUAAUAAAGAGCUUCGUACACUGGACGCAUGUAAGAAUGUACAGAGCCACUGCUAUAGGAAGGAAGAGAAAGAUCUCGUCAACACGCUCAAGAGGUUGAAAAAGAGCAAGGAGCACCACGUAGAGGAGCAUUUUGGACGACACUCAAAACACGACAGUGGGCAUUCCAUAGCACAUGGGCACAAACCAAAACACCACCCUUCUAGAGAGAGCAGUGCUCAUCCUUCAGGAGCGCAAGUCAUUGGGUCUACUUUAAGAAUGCCUCAAGCAAAAAAACCGCUGCCUGAUCACGUGGUCAUACCUGCAGGGGGCUCCGAUAUUCACCGCACUACGGGAUUCAUUGAUUGUGUUAUUUGUAACCUUCCUCGGAGCUCCCAUGUUAAAGGAACGCAAAUCUGUACUUGCGAUAAAGGCCCGGAUAAAGGCACACAUCAUAUGCACCCCCCUGCUAUCCAUGACGAUAGAUCUCGAGCAGAAUAUCUCAGCCUGAAGGAAAGGAGACAAUUAGAAGCUCAAAAUAGAAAACCAGCUAAAGAGCACGAUGAAAGGAAUGGUGAAACUGAUUUAACUCAGACGAACAGCUUCCAUGAUGAAGACAAAAUGUUCCUGAAUAAACUUCACUGCGAGAUGAACAAAGUAAUCGAACAGACAUCGGGAAGACCGAAAGAUUUUUCGUACGAGAAACGCGCGCACAGCCCACGAAAGGGAGACAGCACCUACGAAGAGAAAGGACACUUUCUCUUUCCAAAAGCGAGAAGAGGAAGCCAAGUAGAUGACGAACGCUUUCGCGCGCGUGAAAAUAGCAUCGAUGAAGAAGGUCCAUACACUGUGUGGAACAGGCACCGCAGAGGAACUCUUGAGGAACACGACUUUCGAAAACGUGGUCCUUCAUUUGAUAACGGUAUUCGUGAACGAAAUGAAAGCCUUGGUGGUGAGUCUUAUUACUCGGUUGGUGAGCUUAGGAGUCGUACAUCGACAAUGGAAGACACUAAUGUUUUUAGAAAAACAUACAAGGUCCCGUACAAUAUGCACGACCCUCCGUCGCCGCCAGAACGACAACACUUCAAACCCCAACCACACUCUAGUCAUAGAUUUUCUCCGCGUGAAGAAACACACUUCCCCCAGCUCGCUCCUCAGAAAAAGGAAAGCACCGAGGCUUUCCAUGGUCUAAUCCACCCAGAUAACAUCAUCAACCAUCAUCACUAUCUCCCAUACGAAGCAGACAAGCCUUCAGAUAAGCGGCGCCACCAUGACGACCAUCACAGUCGCCAUGACGACUACCACAGACGCCAUCUCCAAGGUUACUACAUUCAUAAAUACGACCACACAGGGGCACGGCAGAUUGCGCACAUACCGUUAGGCGCAAACGUGCAUAUAUCUGAAAUGAUUGAGAGACAGCAUGAGCCUGAUAGCAACCACUUUGCACUGCUCAGUAACCUGCGUCAGCUGUUGAGUGUUUAUCAUAGCCUGGAGGAUACUGCGCCUAAAUAUCCUUGGCCUAGUCCACCGAAAACAGAAAUGACACCAGAAGAGUUUCAGAAACUUAAGGAUUGCAGAUAUCUACGGCUUCCAAAAAGCAUGGAGGAUGCAGUCAUCGAGAGCCCUGUGUUUCGCUAG